UUUCAUUGUCUCAUUCCUCCUUCUUGAUUCCUCACCCGUGCCCACAUUUUGAUAUGGAUCUAAGUGACAAGACCGUUUUGAUUUUGGGCGGUACUUCAGGCAUUGGCGAAGCUUUGGUAUACAAGUCUGUCGCGUUAAAUGCCAAUGUGAUCUUUUCUGGAACAAAUAACGAAAAAGGAUUAGCGAUUAUGACGCAAGCAAACAUUAGACGACAACAAGCCUUAUUCCACGCAUGCGAUAUCACUCACUGGCCUUCCCAAGUGGAACUCUAUAAAGUCGCCAACGCCGCUUUUUCACGAACCAUCGAUAUUGUGAUUAUUGUGGCGGGAAUUUUGGAAUCUUCUUCUCUGACAAAAGAUGAUGAACUAGAUGGCUCAUACAGGACAUUGGAAGUCAACUUGACUGCCGCCGCCAAAGCGAAUCGACUGGCCAUUCAGCAUUUUUUUCGAACAAAGAAAGCAGGUUGUGUGAUCAACACGUCUUCCAUUUACGGAUUUUGUGCCGCCCCACUUGCUCCACUGUAUUCCGCUUCCAAACAUGCGAUCAUAGGACUGACCAAGAGUUAUGGUACUCUGUUACGAUCCACCAAUAUCCGCGUGAAUGCCAUCGCACCUCACUUUGUUGAAACCCCUAUGAUUGUUGGGAAAUCCAAACAAAUCGCAAAUGCUCUUGGCACAGUACCUAUGGGUCGUUGUCUUGAUGCUUAUUUUCGUGCAGUCUUUGAUCCUCAACUCAACGGCGACAUUAUCACGGUGACCUCCGAAAGUACGUUUGUCGAACCUCGUUACACUGACCCCAUUCAAGAAAAACUCGACAGCCUGUGUCACGACCGAAAAAAGACCGCGCUAGACGAAAUUAUGCAGUUUUUCUCAUGAGAUGGCUUCAUGUUUACUCCUGAUAGACGAAACAUACUUUGGUUUUCUUUUUUUUGCUACUCGCG